UUCCGAAUCUGGCGCCUCGGACGGAGAGAGGAGGAGGAGGAGGAGGCGGCGCCCAGGCCUCUCCCGUCAGGCACCGCGCCCGCCGCCGAGAGAAGAAGAAUAAGCGCCACUACUAUUAAGGCUGAGGCCUGCUUCAGACGAAAAUGGAAUUUCAGUUCAACUUCUCCAUAAACAAUGCAGUAGAAGAUACUGCUGGGAUUGGGAAAAUGGCACCGGAGGUGGUUCAAGAGAAUGAAAGCACAAAGCACAAGGAGGUUUCCUCAGAAGAAAAACAAAUAAGCCAGAAGUCUCUCUCAGACUGCUCUGCUCUGAGUCAAAGCAGGGAGGUGACUCUGCCAAAGAAACCUUCUGAUCCUCAGUCUGCCAAAGAGCAUGCUAUGCCUACAGAUGUCAGCAAAGUGUUGGAAAACAAAAUUAUGGGGACUCUACCGGGAACUCACUGCCCAGAUAUUUCAGUGGUGGAAGUAGCGUUCCCAGAUCCUAUUUCCUCUCAUUCUGACCUAAUCCCAGGUGUCUAUGAAGGUGGUCUGAAGAUCUGGGAGUGUACCUUUGAUCUCCUGAAUUACUUGUCAGAAGCUGAGAUUCAGUUUGGACACAAAUUGGUUCUGGACCUUGGCUGUGGGGCUGGACUGCUGGGAAUAGCUGCAUUAAAAAGAAAUGCUGAAGAAGUCCACUUUCAGGACUAUAACAGCUCAGUGAUUGAAGAAAUAACCCUACCUAAUGUUCUGGUCAACUGUGCUCAUCAGAGUGAUGAUGAUGGAGGAAUUAUUGAGCUCUCUCUAACACAUUGUGGGGGAAAAGAUUUCAACCUAGACAUGCUCUCUAAAUGCAGAUUAUUUUCUGGGGAAUGGUCAGAGUUUACCAAGCUCCUUUUAAAUAGUAAUAAACCUUUAGCAAAAUAUGAUAUCAUACUCACUUCAGAGACUGUUUACAAUCCUGAUUACUAUGAGGUUUUGCAUGACACACUUUCAAAUUUACUGGGACCAAAUGGCUGUGUUUAUUUGGCUAGCAAAGCACAUUACUUUGGGUGUGGAGGUGGGAUUCUCCUUUUUACAAAAUUCAUUGAAGAGAAAAAUGUUUUUAAGUCUCGAAUUCUUAAAGUUAUUGACAAAGGGUUAAAGCGUUUCAUUAUUGAAAUGGUCUUUAAGAAUUCCUUAUAACAUGUUUUUUGGCUUUAGGUAUUAAUAAAGAUACAUUUUUGCUUGCUUUUGGAAACCAAGGAUGCAUUUCUUCUUGGUUCCUAGUUGUACUUUUCAUGUCUGGUACCUUUUCUGUCCUGUUGAGUCUGCAGCUUUUCUGUAGUAUCUGAGGUCCACAACACACUGCUGAAAAAAUCCAGUUUGGGACCGCUUUAAUUGCCGUAGCUCAAAUGCUAGGGAACUCUGGGAACUGUAAUUUCAUGAGACAUUUAAUCUUCUCUGUCGGAGAGCUCUGGUGCCACAAUAAACUAUAAUGCCCAGGAUUCCCUAGUACUGAGCCAGGGCAGUUAAAGCGAUCUCAAACUGGAUUAAUUCUGCAGUGAGUUUUGGACCAUAGACUCCUUGCCAAAACACACAAAUUCUUGAAAAACCCUACAUUUUGAGAUAAUUUAUUCUGAAUAUGCAAUCAAUUUUUGUUUGUUUGCACAGAUUUGAAUUAUUUGGUGUGGGUUACAUAGCAACUCUGGACAUUGCUAUCUUAAUGUAUAUAACUUUAGAACUUAGUCCAACAAAUAUUAUUUGCUGAUUUACUUCAUGUAUGACUGCAGUUUUUUGAGGUAAUCUUUCUUCUACAUUGGUCUGCUGUUUCAUGUUCACUUUUUUGGCUAAUCCUACUGGCAUAAAAACAGCUCGCCUAGACGUUCCUAACCCAUAGAAGUUUGUGAGCAAGGAGAUACAGUCAUAGUAUUCAAUGUUCUGCAAUGGAUAUUAAAAUUAUAUUCUGUCUAAAUCUAUUGUUCAAACUGCCUCUGGAAAGUAAUAUUUCUAUAAUAAAAUAGGUGUUUGAUAUCCUUCAAUGGAUUUGAAAAAAAAAUUGAGUUUGUGCAAUUGAUAAUAAUGUUGGGUGAACAAAUGUAUGGAUUAGAGCAGGAAUGCACAACAGUAAUCACUGUGAGGACCAUUUUUAUUAAACAAAGAGGGCCAUGCCGCUAUGUUAACUAUCUUAAAGCUUAUUUAGAACUCUAGCUCAAUGUUUCUCUUUUUAAUCUAUGCAUUAUUUUCUCUGUGCACCACAGCGCACAUGGUUUCACCUUGCUCUGCUACACAUUCCUCAAUCUCCCUGGUAAUAGGGGUUCUAAAGAAUAGGCCAAUUGAAGAUUUCUUGAAAGAUUGGAAACCUUUUAUGGACUUUUUGAGCAAUAAGAAACCCUACGUAAUAAUGUAUGGUUAUGCUUAUUAUUUAGCUGGAUUUGUAAUUGUAGAACAAUAUAUUUCUUUUUUUAUUUAUCUUUUCAUUACAGCUAGGAUUGGGGGGCAUAGACAUAUGCUAUGUUUUGUGGGGUUUCUUUUUCUUCCUCUUUUUAAAAAUCUUUUUUAAAAUGUAUAUUAUCAUAGUUUUUAUUGAAAAUUAGAUUGUCAGUGAUAUAUAAAUAAAUAAAUAACUCUCCCUCCCUCC